AUGGUACGCAAGAGGCCCGCCUGCAGGGGCGAACCAGAGUGGGCGCACCGAGCGCAAGGCCCGAGCGCGUGUGGGCAGCACGGAGAUUCCCUGCGCGUCCCAGCCCAGCGGGAACCCCCGCCCUAUACGUUGCUGCGGCUUCUGGCGCCUUCCCGCUGCAGCGAGCGGCCUGACCCCAGCCCGGGCCUUCUCCUCACCUGGGCGCGAGGGGAUCGCGCGGUGCGCGCCGCAGGCGGCCGAGAGCUAGAGAGGGAGGCCCGGGGCAUCUCUGGAGCACCCCCUGCCCUGUUUGGGAGGCACAGGGCCCUGGUGAUGCAAAUAAACGCGUGUGGGGAGAAGAACCUCUCUGGGUCUGUGAGCCAGCACCUGAAGGCAGAAUCAGGCCCACCCCAUGGCAUCACGGCCCGUGUGGGGGCAGAAUGGGGCCACCUGGCUUGGGUAUGGACAGGUCCCCUGUGGGAGGAACAGCUCCCACUGGAGGGCUACGUCUGUCCAGGCAUCAGCCAUGGUCUGGAAGAGCCUGGGGCAGUGUCCCCCAGCAGUCGCAUCCUGAUGACACCUGCAGGUCUCCGUGGCAUUUCAGAGCCCCUCGCCCACAUGAUGGCCAUCUUUGCCCUUCAUGUGACCCAGGUGUUCCUUGUGCCGGAGAGUCCUGCCAGAGUGCCCAGCUGGAGCUUCCCCGCAGGGAGCCGUGAGGCCGCCUUCACCUACGCCAUCACCGCGGCCGGUGUGGCCCACGCUGUCACCGCCGCCUGCAGCCAGGGCAACCUGAGCAACUGCGGGUGCGACCGCGAGAAGCAGGGCUACUACAACCAGGCCGAGGGCUGGAAGUGGGGCGGCUGCUCUGCGGACGUGCGCUACGGCAUCGACUUCUCCCGGCGCUUCGUGGACGCCCGGGAGAUCAGGAAGAGCGCGCGGCGCCUCAUGAACCUGCACAACAACGAGGCCGGCAGGAAGGUCCUGGAGGAGCGCAUGAAGCUGGAGUGCAAGUGCCACGGCGUGUCGGGCUCGUGCACCACCAAGACGUGCUGGACUACGCUGCCCAAGUUCCGCGAGGUGGGUCACCGGCUCAAGGAGAAGUACAACGUGGCCGUGCAGGUGGAGGUGGUACGGGCCAGCCGCCUGCGGCAGCCCACCUUCCUGCGCAUCAAGCAGCUGCACAGCUUCCAGAAGCCCAUGGAGACGGACCUGGUGUACAUUGAGAAGUCACCCAACUACUGCGAGGAGGAUGCGGCCACAGGCAGUGUGGGCACGCAGGGUCGCCUGUGCAACCGCACCUCACCAGGGGCUGACGGCUGUGACACCAUGUGCUGUGGUCGUGGCUACAACACCCACCAGUACACCAAAGUCUGGCAGUGCAACUGCAAGUUCCACUGGUGCUGCUUCGUCAAGUGCAACACGUGCAGCGAGCGCACGGAGGUCUUCACCUGCAAGUGAGCCACCAGGCUUUGCGGCAGGUGAGCCACUCGGAGGCUGCAGCCCCCCCGCUGGCGGAAUUUUGCACGUGCCCUCUGCCCACCCUGCUCUCCGCAGCUGGCUGUAGGCAGAAGUUGGGGAAGGAGGGAGCUCUGGGUGCAGGAGGGCUCCCACCUGGCCUUCACCUUCUCCCUGCUCCCCCACCCCCGGCACCCGGGGCUCCUUCCUACCAUUCCCGUCACUUCCUGGGGCAGAACAGUGCCCACCACCUAGCCGAGAGGGCGAGGCCAAUGGCACCGGCGUCCUUGACGAGGACAGUGAAUUCCUUUUCUGUUCUCCGGAGAGUGAAUCUCAAGGACGCACAUGUAUCCUGGAAAGCAAAGCAAUGACGAGACUCUGAGUGUCCCCCUCCCUCUCCUGAUGGCACAGAAGUGGAAAUGCCAUGCCGGCCCCACGCAAGACUGUUUCCCAGGCUGCAUCAGCUGCUGGGCCCCAGGCAGUGUGGACAGAUGCUGACAAAAAUUAUUUAUGUUUUCUUAGUAUCAGAAUAGGAUUCUUAGCGCUAAGGCUAACCGGUCCUAACCCCACGCCCUCCGUGUUAGGGCACCCCUUGCUGCCCUCUGCUUCCUCUCCUGGCCCCUGGGGGCCCACGGGAGCAUCCCAGUGCCUGGCACCCUCCUGACCCUGCCCCAGGUGGAGGUGGCAGUGCGUGUGGUUCCCAGGGCAGUUGGGCAGACGCUGGGAGGCCCACAUGGCCCCAAGAGGGCCUCUGAGGGGGGCCAUCGGCAGGGACCUCCAACCCCUCUUCCUUUCUUUUUGAAAAUCGUAUCAAAAAAUCAAAAUGUCACCUGUGUCAGGUUCCAAGAGUGUCGCUUCCCCUCCCUGAUGCUGUCCCCCUCCCAGCCCCCUUCCAGCCUGGCACUCCCCCACCCCAGUUUACAGAGCACCCUCCUACCCUGGAGCCACAGAACCCCCAGGACAGCAUUGUGCCGGGGGUGGGCUGGGGGUUGGGGUGCAGUUCAGGGAUGUUUGCCUUCUUUCACAGGCCCGGGAUGGCUUGAGCACUGGCCAGAGAUCCCCGAGUGGAGGCUCCCGCCUUGGCUCAGGCGUCCUGACCCCCAGCUGUGCACCCUGACCCCAGAGGAUGUGCCCUGGGGACUCCCAGGACGGCAUGAAGCGCCCCAUGCCUGAGAAGUCUGGCUGUGUCCCUCCCCCUGCUGCCAGCCUCUGGGGGCUGCACCCCAGCCCCUGAGGUUUCUCCGGGGGUCUCCUUGACCAUCUCAGCUCCUUGCCCUGACCCUAAUGCUGAGAAAACUCAGAUCUGGGGCUUCACUCUGCCAGGACCCUGCCUACUGUCCCAGCAGAUGCUACCCUCCAGACACCUCCCCAUACCAUGCAGACCCUCCCUUGAAGUCCAACUCACCCCAAAACCUGGGAGAUGGGAAUGAGAAGGGGUCCUGCUCAGUUCUAAACUAUGUAUGGGGUGGGGAGAGGUGGAAACCUGGUACCCAGGGCUGGACAUGUCCUCUGUUAGCAUUCCCACCCCUCCCUGGGGAGACUGAGGCAUGGAGGAAGUGAUUUGCCAGAAAGGAUGGCAUGCAACUGGCUUCUGGUGCGCUCCCACCCGCCCCCAGUCUAGCGGAUUUCCUUGCAGAAACCUGUGGAGAUGUGUCCUCGGGCAGUUGACCAGCCAAGUGGUCUGGACAUUAGCCUGCAGUGAGUGACACUGUGUGAGCCUUGGUGCUGGUGUCCACCCUGUGUGCCCCCAGUGGUGCCAGGACACUCCAUUAGCUGCUGUCCGGGGAGCUUCACCGUGAAUGCCCCCCAGCCCCACCACCCUACCUACCUGGGUCCCUGGACACGCCCAAGGCCACAGGCCCAGCGUCCUCUGCCAAGGAACCUGGUUAAUUUAUAUUGUUAUAUAGUGUCGAAAUGUCUAUAGUGUCUUAAAUUAUUGUGACCUACACUGGGUACUGGAGGCGGGGAUGGCCCUGUGCUGUCCCCGAGCCAGGCUCCUCCUUCUGCUUGAAACAGACUCUUGGGGCCCCUCCCUGAUGCCACCGAGUCAUGCGCACUGUCCCUCGGCUGCCAGGCGCCCCCGCCGAGGCCCCACCCUUCCUAAUAGUCUGUCAGCAGCAGCCUUUCCUUGGGGUGAGAGGGGCGGUGGCAGCAGUGUCCCUACAGUGCCCCCACUCAGAGGAGCUGGUGGGGUUUCUGACGGGCUAUCCGGUCUCCCUUGGAGGGGAGCGCCCGGCUCCAAUAAAGCUGGAAUCGG